GCUUCCAUCACAUGGGACACAGAUGUUGCAACAUGGAUAUCCCGCCUUGCGACGUCGAGGUAUACGUAGGCGGUGACGCCGGCGAAGGAGCCGGGAAACGGCAAGUUAAUACACUGGGUCCCAGAAUCAUGAGCCGACAUUUCCGGAAAGAUGAAUUCGAGAGCCGCGCCGUGUGAGCACAUGCAUACCCUCACCGACCAACUAAUGGUCCCAGUCUCACCGUCACGAUGGGGAGGAGACGUUACACGGGCCUCGGCCGGCCGUUCUGUCCCGCUGCGGCAACGUAGGAGGAGGAGGAGGAGGAGGCACUCUUUGUUUGUUUCCCUCGGGGUUGAAUACCGGAUACCCGUUCUUGCUCGCGGCGGCCAGUGCGCUCGAAAUGAGACCAGAUUGAUGAGCCGUAUCUCUCCCGUCAAGCGUCAGGCCGGAACGUCUUCUCCAGAGCACGAGCGGACGGUGAUGCGAUGGGGGCGGGUAAAUGCCUCCCCUCCAGAAAAGACGAAUGCCUACCUACCCAGGACAGAAUUGAAACCCAAGUGAGCCACGCUUCCCAAAAAUAAACAUGGAAGGCCCUCGCUUGGAAGCGUUUCCCUAUUGGGCACCUCGUCGGGAGGGGAAUGGGCCUUGGUUGAUCAGACCCCUGCUUCCCCCCCAAUUUGGAUCCCACCACUCAGCGCGGCAUCAGCUUCGACCCAGUCUCUUUGACAGCGACGCCAGCCCACAGGCACUCUCGCUCGUCUCGCUCAUGGGCAGCUGGGGCACCCGAAAACGCGCAUGUGCCAGGGACGUUUAUGAUCAAACACUUUUAAUGGUAUGUGUGCACUACCCAUGCUUUAUUGGGACGGAUAAGUCCUUGCUCGACUUAUGCUGGUGCUGCUUUGGUGUCCUGACACUUCUUGGCUUCGCAGGUGGCGAGUGGCGCCCUGACAUGGGACUAAGCCGGAACGAGCCACAAACCAGGUAGGCCAUCCUGGAGCUGAUCCGGGUGGAACACGACUCGGCGAAGACUUGGGACGGUUGCGGUGGUAGCUGGAGGUGGUUUCUUUAGCAUCGAGGGCAGGGGGUCUUGAAACCUGCCGUUUCUGUUGAUGGUCCUGAAAAUAAAAAGAAAGAUGAUGAGGAUGAUGAUGACGAGGAGAAGAUAUAGAGUUUAGUGGCAAAAAGAAAAGAAAAGUAAACAAUAAUAAAAGAAAGUGUAAACCGGCCGUCCAGGCCUGUAUGUGG